AUGCCUGUUGGAAUUGAAGCGUGGAUAACUCAGAUUCCUCCGAUUACUAGAGCCUGGCUCGCCCUCUCGGUCCUGACGAGUCUUGCGGUGCAAUGUCAACUUGUAACACCAUUGCAACUUUACUACAGCCCUAGAAGCGCCUUUGCAAACGCACAACCCUGGCGUGCAUUCACGACAUUCUUUUACUUUGGCUCCAUAUCGCUUGAUUUUGUCUUCCACCUGUUUUUCUUUAUGCGGUACAGCCGUAUGCUUGAAGAAUCUUCCUUUGCCAACAAGAAAGCGGAUUAUUUCUGGAUGCUUCUCUUGUCCUCAAUGAUGCUUUUGGGCCUGAGUCCCUUGUUCAACCUGCCAUUUCUUUCUUCAUCACUCGCCUUCGUUCCCAUUUACAUCUGGUCACGGCGACAUCCGGAUACGCCUAUAUCUCUUUUCGGACUCGUGACGAUCACUGCACCAUAUCUCCCUGUCGCACUAGUGGCGUUCUCCUGGGUAUUAAGUGGGACGUGGAAGGCCGCCGCUGGUGACUUGGCAGGAUGCCUCGUCGGUCAUGUCAGUUGGUUUAUGAGGGAUGUAUGGGCUAGAGAGAUGCUCGGGGGAUCCAGCGUACUCAGUGAAGCACCAACCCCGUUGAAAAGACUUUUCGGUGAUUCAUAG